GCCACUCCCGCUACUCCUGAGUACUUUGAACCCCUCCUACUGGAAAGCAACCUGGUCGAAGAGCUCAUGGAAAUCUGCGAGGCAAGGAUAUCCACAACCCUCGGCCAUAUCCCAUCCUUGUGACUGUUGUGGCGCAUGGUCGCGACGCAAAUCGGCACCUCAAACCAAAGCAGCUAACCGACCUUGGGAAUCGUAUAAUGACCCAUACCAUUGGGAUUCACGGUUGCCACUUCACAACAUCGUCUGAACUGGGUUGUAUCUCGACUUCAGCUCCAUACGUUAAGGCUUUGCAUCUUUGCAUCUUUGCUACAGGCAAUAGCAAGAGCCGACUUAACGACCUCACAGCACAAGUUCAUACCCAGGCAGCAGGCCGAAAGAAAUAUCCAGAAUGAGUGAAGCAUCAUGGGCCGAUUCUCAAAUCACCGAACUCGUCGCCCAACACGGCACAGUCCCCCCCCCCUACUUCAAGCACCCCAACAUCCACCCACUUGAAAUAUUCUGGCGCAUGGGCACCGGUGAGGGCUACAUCAUGGUCUAUUGGGCAUGGUGGAAGCGCCAAAAACCCUUGAUGGACGAGACGCAACGGAUUGAAUAUUUUCGGCAGUUCCCGCCUCCGCCGCUGUGGCCUACCUGGAUGAUUAAUCUGCUCUGGGUGCUGGAGGAUGAGGAGAUGGAUUUGGAUCCUGAAGAGGCGGGUUAUUUUAAGUAUUUUUUGCGCACGAAGGCGUUGGGGAUUGGGACGGAGAGUGAGUGUAAGCGGGCUUGGUUUUUGCAUAAUGAGGAGAUGGAGGCGGAGUUUAAGGAUAAGGAGGAGGAGGAUGAAGAUGAUGAGUAGGGAGAGGUCACAGCAUAUGACUGAUACAGAUCUUUAGCACAAGAAAAGGGU